UUUUGUCAGUGAACAUCUGCUCUGUCUAACUUAACUCAAAAAAUUUUUUCUGAUUAUGUCUAACUGAAAAGAGGAGAUCCGGAGGUUGCUGAUGGGUAGAGUCGCGCGCGAAGGUCGUGUGGUUUGGGCCAGAAACGAACCGACGUGUAAGGUGAUGGGGCUUCUAGGAUGCAUGGCCCAUGGGCCGUUCCUGAGUCCUCUUACCCCAUUCACUUGUCUCCAUCCACAUACGAUGAGUUCUAAAUUUUGUUAACCCCUCCCGAAAUCCACCCGUGACUAAACCCUUGUCCUGUCCAGACUCUUCAUCUUCUUGCCUCGUAAGAAAAACUAUUGUAGUAUUCUACUACUCCAGCACAAACGGCGGCGCGUUUGCAAACCCAUCAUCCAUCCAUCGCUGCCCUGCCCUAGCUAGCUAGCUUCACCUCGUUCCAACCGCAGCAGCCUCCCCCCUCUCGCCACCGUCGCCCGUCGCGUAACAACAGCGAGAUCAACCGGCCGGCCUGGAACAGGAGCACCGCUAGAGCAGCCGCACCACGGCCACGCGCGCGCCAUGUCGUCGAGCGGGGGCUACGAGAAGUACAUCACCAUGGCGGCGUCCGUGGCGGCGACGGCCAUGGUGGUGCGCAGCGUCAUGAGCGAGCUGCUCCCCUACGAGGUGCGCGACCUGCUCUGCGCCGCCGCGCGCUACCUCCGCUCCCGCGUCUCCUCGCGCCACACGGUGGUCAUCGACGAGGCCGAGGGCCUCUCCGCCAAUCAGAUCUACGACGCCGCGCGCACCUACCUCGCCGCCCGGAUCAGCACCGACAUGCCGCGCCUCCGCGUCAGCCGCGUCGACGAGACGCAGGGCAUCAUGGUCGGCAUGGAGCAGGGCGAGGAGAUGGUCGACGUCCACGACGGCGUCGAGUACACCUGGAACCUCGUCGCCCGGGACAACACCCCCGGCGCCGCCUCCAGGGCGGCGGGCACCAAGGCCAGGGGCCGCCUCGAGAUCAAGUCGUUCGAGGUCACCUUCCACAAGAAGCACAAGGACAAGGCCCUCGAAUCGUACCUCCCGCACAUCGUCGCCACGGCCAAGGCCAUGAAAGACCAGCACCGGAACCUCAAGAUGCACAUGAUCGAGUACGACGCCUGGACAGCCGUCGACCUCCGCCACCCGUCCACCUUCGACACGCUCGCCAUGGACAAGAAGCUGAAACAGUCCGUCAUGGAUGACCUUGAGAGGUUCGUCAAGAGGAAAGACUACUACAGGAGGAUCGGCAGGGCGUGGAAGCGGGGUUACCUGCUCUACGGACCACCUGGGACUGGCAAGUCAAGCCUGAUCGCAGCGAUGGCGAAUUACCUCAAGUUUGACAUCUAUGAUCUUGAGCUGACCGAGGUUAAAAGCAACUCGGACCUCCGGAGGCUUCUUGUCGGGAUGAGCAACCGAUCCAUCCUUGUGGUUGAAGACAUUGACUGUAGCAUUGACCUGCGGCAGCGGGAGGAAGGCGAGAAGCGUGUCAGGUCCAGCUCUACAGGAGAAGAAAAUGAUGACAAGGUGACGCUUUCUGGGCUGCUCAACUUUGUUGACGGUCUCUGGUCGACAAGCGGGGAGGAGAGGAUCAUCGUUUUUACCACAAAUUACAGGGAGCGGCUUGACCCAGCACUACUGCGGCCUGGCAGGAUGGACAUGCACAUCCACAUGGGGUACUGCACCGCAGAGUCUGUUCGGAUUCUGGCAAGGAACUACCACUCAGUUGAAAAUCAUGCCAUGUAUCCAGAAAUUGAACAGCUGAUAGAGGAGGUAAUGGUCUCACCUGCGGAGGUUGCUGAGGUUCUAAUGAGGAACGAGAACAGUGAUGCUGUACUCCAGGAUCUCCUUGAGUUCCUCAAAGCAAAGAGGAAAUUAGUUGGUGAGAGCAAAGCUGCAAAUGAGAAUGGAAAUGAAUAGAUGAAGAAAUGUGGCAGAGAGACCAACAUCUAACGAAAUACACUGAGCAAAAGAGGGAUUACAGAAAGUCAGAAACCAGUGAUGGUCACAAAUUUGUGUGCAAUGUAAAUGAGGUAGUAUUAGAAAAAAAAAAUAUAGCCAAGAGUACUAUUGUUGGCUCUUGAAAUUAUGGAGCACCUUUUUUGUAGUGAUAAGGUGCAACUGUACCACCAUUCUUAACAAUUAUUUACUUAUUUCACGAUUCUUAACAUUUCAAGAUUUAAUACACAGUUCAGAGAAGAGCAUAAUAAAUAAACAGAGCUUGCAAUGUUCUUUUUACUAUUUCUUGACAUUGCUUCUUAUUAUUCAAGCAUGUGUAUCGAUUCUAAUAUGGUGUUUUCAAUGGACUUGUCAAGCUGAGAUUCAGAAG